UCGGCCCGAGUAGCCCCGUGAGCGUCUGGAAGGCGGAUCCGGCCCCUCCGGGCACCCGUCGCCGGCCCCGCGGCCAUGUCGGCCCACCCGCGCGUGAGGCGCAGCGGCUCCCCGACGCCGGCCGGGCCCCUGGCCGGAGGGGCGGCGGCGGCGGCAGCGGCGGCUGUGGUGGCGGGCGGGGCGGCGGCGGCGGCGGCGGCGGGCAACGGCGGGGGGCGCCUGCAGCCCAUGCGGGCCACGGUGCCCUUCCAGCUCAAGCAGCACGGCAGCCCCACCAGGGCCGGCGGCGGCGGCGGCGGCCUCCCGCGCCCCGCCCCGCCCUCCUCGCGCGCCGCCAGCCCCACGCGCCCGCCGCCCGGCAACGGCAACGGCAGCAGCGGCCCGGCCGUGGCCACGCAGACGCCCGCCGCGGGGAGCGCCGCCGCCUCGCCGCCCGCCCGCCUCGCCAGCCCCACGCGGGGCGCCCCGCCGCCGCCUCCCGCCCCCGGCCCCUCGCCCUGCGCCUCGCCCGUCUCGCCGCCCCUGCCCGAGGGCAGCGCCUGCGCCGCCGGCCACGGCCCCAGCCCCGCGGGGCGCGUCCGCCACCGCCAGAGGCGGCGCUCCCCGGAGCAGGGCAGGGCCUCGCCCGAGCGGAAGAGCCCCGGCUCCCCGGGCUGCAGAGUUGAUAAACAACGGCCACCAUCAUCGAGCCCUUGCAAUGCUUCUCGCCGCACGCCUUCUCUAGACAUACUUGCUGCGCCAUACCUUGCUGGUCAGUGGCCUCGCGAAAACCACGGACAAGCUGCACCUUGCAUGAGAGACAAGGCCACACAGACGGAAAGUGCUUGGGCCGAAGAGUACUUGGAAAAGAAGAAAGGCUCUCAUAAGCGCUCGGCGUCUUGGGGCAGCACCGACCAACUCAAGGAGAUUGCCAAGCUACGGCAACAGCUGCAAAGGAGCAAGCAUAGCAGCAGGCACCAUCGCGAGAAAGAACGGCAGUCUCCCUUCCAUGGCAAUCAUGCAGCCAUUAACCAGUGCCAGGCCCCCGUCCCAAAGGGUGUGCUGGUCCCCGUGAUCCCCGUCACCAGGUCAGCAGGCUCACGUUUCCGCAACAGCAUAGAGGGACUUAAUCAAGAGAUUGAAAUAAUCAUAAAGGAGACUGGAGAAAAAGAGGAACAACUAAUUCCCCAAGAUAUUCCAGAUGGGCAUCGAGCUCCCCCUCCUCUGGCGCAGCGCAGCAGCAGCACCCGCAGCAUCGAUACGCAGACUCCUGGCGGUGCAGAGAAAGGCAGCAACAACAGCAGCCGGUCCCAGUCCGUGUCCCCGAGCUCAUUCCUGGCAAUCUCCCAUGAGGGCAGCGAGGAGAGCCCGUGCUCGGCCGAGGACCUGCUCGUGGAUCCCAGAGAUAAAGAGAAUGGAAACAACUCUCCCCUGCCCAAAUACGCCACCUCUCCAAAACCCAACAACAGCUACAUGUUCAAACGUGAACCUCCUGAGGGCUGUGAGAAGGUGAAAGUGUUUGAGGAAAGCUUGCCAAAACCUUUACAUGAAAUUCCCCCUUUUUACUGUCCUGACAAGAACAAAGUAAACUUCAUUCCGAAAAGUGGUUCUGCUUUCUGCCUUGUCAGCAUCCUCAAACCCCUUCUUCCUACCCAAGAUCUUACACUCAAGGGUGCUGGUCAUAAUCUGACCGCCACAUCUGGGAUGACGCCCGCUUUGCUGCAGCCAAUUGCUGUGGCCUCACUCGCGGCAAACGCAGACCAAGACCGGCUCUCCCGUGGCCCAAGUAAAGGAAUACCGCCAAUGUCUGCGCUCCAGCCGUCAGGACGUAGUGAAGAAGCGGAAGGAUAACUUCCGUCGUUGCCUCCUGGGGGAAACCUUUUUGAAGUUAAUUGUGAUUAAGCCUUCCUAAUCGCAUCUGUUUGCAUCAUAAUUGCUGGCAAUUCCAUAAACUGCUAAACAGGUCAUGCUAGUAGUAUCUUGAUCUCUAUGACUGGUCGCCUGGUGUGAGAUCCUGGAAAGAGAGAGAUGGCCGUAUAUGUCUUGUGAAGGCUCAAGAUCAAUCCGUGGUCUGCACUUUUCAGAAGCUUUGGUACAAUAAAGAAGGAAGAUAUCUACAACUCUGUACAGUUGGAAGGACCAAUUUUUGUGAUGCUUUGGUCCCAAUUUGAACGCUUCCUUUUUUUCUUAAAAAAAAAAAGAGAAAAAGUGUGACAUAUCAGCUGUUCCUAGCAAAAUAUCUGCAAAGGGAAAACAAGCAGAUGACACUGUUAAGAUCAUUAGUUUGUACAAAAUGUUUUAUUUUCAAAUGUUGAGUUUUCUGAUACACGUAGAGAGAACAGGCCACACCAUCACUUCUGGCUACAUCAUUCCCACUGUUGGGACCAAAGGAGCGAAACUUUUCAGCAGUCUGGUCAUGUGACUAUGUUUUUAUUUCUUCUCCCAAAUAAGCUUAAUAUUCUUCAGACUGAAAAGGAAAGCAAUAUUGGUGCAUAAUGUGCAUUUGGUGGGGGGCGGGGCCGUGGGAGGUGGAUUAGCACUCGCAUAGAACUGUUUGUCUGGGAAUAGCGUUUUAGAGCACUUCGGCCAGUUGUGUAACGGGUUGUUUCUUGUGUUGUGUUUCAGAACAGUUCCCCCCUCUACUCCCAAAAUGCCAAUCAAUUGUCACAUCAGUGCCUCUUGGGAUGUCUUAGUUUCUUGUGUUGCUGUUGAAGUCUUGACUUGCCUUCGGGCCCGCACCCGAUCUGAUCAUGUCUUGCCACUGUUCAUUAUAGGCUCUAGUCAUAGGACCUUGAAAUGGUUGUGCAUGGAUCUUCCUGCUAGUCCGAGUACUGUUUUGUGGGUCUGUUGAGGGUAAUAGUUUGCCAGGCAUGAUGUGUGUAAAAGCAAUUUAUCUUCAGUGAACAUAGUUUCCUUUUGGACUAGCAAUAUUGUUAGUGUUAAGCUAAGAACAUUUUGAUUCUUAGUAUUGGUCUUCAGAUAUUGCCCACUUCAUUUCCUUUGUGUGUUUAUGUUUUUAAUUAUCAACAUAGUCAAGAAGUAGGAAGGUGUUUCUGUUGCUACGUUGGCCUGUGAGCAGCACUGAACUUCUCUGGAUGCAAAAUUGUACUUGACUGAGUUUCAGUAGUCCAGCCUGAACUAGCUAAUUCCAAAACCUCUCCAAAGUUGCCGACUCUUACAGCAGGCUCAGUUGUGUAGAAGGGAUUUUUGAUCAAUAAUUGAUGAAAUUGAAUUGGAGGCUUUUAUGCAGUUAUAGGAAAGUAAUCUUUUGAAACGUGUCUGGGGGCAGCACAUUAAAGGCUGGCGUCAGCAUGUGCUGUCAGUGUGACCCCUUCUGGACUAGCAGCCAAUGAUGAUAAAUACAGUAUGGGGAAUGGUGGGAUGGGAGCAAGCCAGGCCCAGGCGGAUGGGAUCUGACACUCAUGUGCGGUGUUUGGAGUACUGUGACAUACCAGCGACUCUGUCCUGCAUUGGUCAGUCUUGGCUUCACUUGUGUGUGAAAAUCCCCCCCCCAUCUGUUCUCAGGGUCUAUAUAUAUCUGCCCCCUUAAGUGACAGUUCUUGUGACUGCUCCUCUGAAGUUCAUUUUUAAAAUGUUGCUGUGUUACACUCUGUUUCUAAACACUGGCAUAUCUUUUUGGUCCUGCCCUACUCUGCCACUUUUAGGCAUCACCCUGCUCUGGGGGUGGAGUUGCUGGCAUAUCCAGACCUAGAAUCCCUUGCUGCAUAAAACAUGGUGGGGAGAGUUCUUAUUUUAAGAGUGUCUAAUCCUCACUGAUAUUUUCUCCUCCAGUUUAAAGUAAACUGCGGCCUGUAUGAAAAGAACGGAAGGAGGAAAAGCAGCGUUGACCUUCAUGUGGGUUAUCUGGUGGAGCCAACGUCCAUGGGCUCAUGCCAGCUUCCUUACGAAACUUGUGAUGUUUUAGUAAAGUAUGGAAAGAUGGACAAUGUUUGUGCAAGAAGGAUAUUUGCAUUUUGUUUAAACCCACCUCGACUUCUCUAGUUAACAGCUUACGGGUUCCAGAUUGUGCAGUGGUUCUCUGGAAAUCUUUCCAUAAUGUGCCCAAGAGCCAAGGGACUGUUUUUGGAAUCAUAUUUAAAAUGUAGAUCUUCAAAUGCCUUCAGAGCCUAAGAUUCGUUGUUUUAAUCACUGCAAAAUGUAAAAGAACAUCUUCCAUGCACAACAGCAUUAAUGUCUAAUUGUCCCUGCCUUCAUUUAUGCUGGAGCCCUGAUGUUGUUUUCUGGUGCCUUCUUCCUGCUUGAUCCUUGGGGCUAAAAGGUACUAAGUUUUGUAUGUAACAGGGUUAAAAACCAGGGAGUUUGGGAUCAUCCAGAGACUUUAGGAAAGCAUUGAGCUCAUCCCAGGUUUCUGCAUUACAAGCCGUGGUACUCCUGACUUGGCCAUAGAUGCUGCAUUUCUUAUAUCUGGGACUUGGAAUCCUCUUCCUGUGGUUGUGCAGGGAACCAAACAGCAUCUUUUGCUAAGGGCUGAUCCUGGCUUUUCUCUGCCUUGGUGCAGGAGGAGCUUUAGAAGAGCCCGGGAAGCAUGGCCUUUGCGUCUCCUGGGAGAGCCCAUUCAGAACUGGCUGCUUAACUGGCAGCCUACCAGCGUUGUCCUAGUUGCCACCCUUCUGUAUUAGUGCCCACUGCCCUUUCUCAUUUAAGGGUGGCCAAAGGCUGAAUGAAGUCGGAGGGGCCCGUCCUUGUUCCAGAGCAGGAAACAGAUGGCCCUUGAGGUACUUCAGGCUAGCCUACGAGUGCGUUUUAAAAAGAUAACACCCCAGUAUAUGUAGUCUCCUUGGGUAUAGUAAUUUGAAUAAAAAAUAAGACACUGGAGGAAUGGUGGGCAGCUGGUGUUGGACACUAUCUUUCCACUUGGAGGCUGUGAGACCACUCAUCCACCUUGCACCCAUAAGGUGGUGGUACCACAUGGCAACCAACAGUCCUUAAGGGCUUAUAAAAUCCCCCAGGUCUUUGUAUGGAGCUGCCUGGUUGUUUUGUGCCUCUCUGACAUCAGAGUAGCAUCGGUGCAGAGACAGAGAGAAGCGGGGCAGAAUUCAAGAGGUCCCUCAGAAGUACGGAAGUGCAGCCAGCUCAGCUCGUUAGAAGUCACGAGGAUCUUUUCCCCGUUUCUUACUAUGUUUGCCAGCAUUUGUCUCUCUGAGCAUGACUGGGAAUGAGAACUGGGGCAUGGGUCAGUGGGAAAGAGCGCAUCGAACAUGCAUUGCAUUUCCCCUGCUAGGACAGGAGGUGAAAGGGCUGGUGGGCCUUUGUGAUAUAUUUGAUGCAUUUCCAGUCUUGGAGGGAUGAGGUGAUUUCCGCAGCCCCUGGGCCGCCUCCUAAGUCACACUUGGAGGUGUGACAACCGAAUCUUCCCUUGCUGCUUACAGGAGACGGGCAAGAAAGAGAAUGGAUGUGUUGCUUUCCUUGCUCUUCCAAUACAGCUCCUGGGCUAGGAAGGAGGGUUCUUUUGUUCAAUAUCUGACCUGCCAGGAGAUGAGGAACAGAAAAAAGAUGGAUGUCACUCCCCCUUUCCCCCUGCUGCAUUCAGAAGAGAAAAGGAAGGCAAAUCUCAAAGAACUCCUUCCUCCACUGCAGGUCCUUCCAGGUGAGGAGGGCAGUCACAGGGAAGGCAUCGGGUGAUGAGCUGGUUCAGAAUCUGAGGGCAGAGAAUGUGUGGGAGCUGAAGAGACUCAAUUGUUCUGUCAGCACCCAGGCUUUUCCUGAGAACAGAAUGAGUGUUCCAAGAGGAGCACACCUGAUAAUGGACUUCGUUCUCUCCUGGAGGAGAAAUCCAAACAACUUGCCCAUCUUCAUGUAGAAGUCAUUUGGCAAAGCAAAUGGGGUUCUUAAGAAAUGGGAUCUUUGAAUAGCAAAAAAAAAAUGCUUUUGAGCCCAUUGUUAAAAUGGCAACAAGAAGUUUUUAACCUGAAUAAACUAGUGGUGCAUUGGUCUCUCCUGAACGUCUGUGGGCCUUCUAAGUUUUGACAGUGUCUACGGGGGAAGGCCACCUACAUGCCAGGCAGAGUCAGGCAGCUGGCAUUGCAAGCGAACCACGGGGCCGAGAAAUCCUUGGGGUAGCCUUACAAGGAUGGCAGUCAGGUCUGUGGAAGCUGCUACUGCUUUUUAUUGAAUGAUGAAACAGGAGUUCUUUUGCUUUAUUCUUCCUUUUGAAGACGACACUACUUUUUAACAUAUUCUCAAGAAACCAGUAAAAUUCUCCAAGUUCUUUUAUAAUUGGAUGCAAGCUGUUAAUGAUUGAGUUGAACCAUUUGGGAGAAGGAUAGUCGGAAUGGUUUGACCUAGAAGUUUGCAUGGUUCCAUUUCUAAGUUUUAAAAUACUGUUUUCUGUGUGCACUAAAAACUGCUCCACAAGACAGCCCUGUAGGCUUCUUGAAGCAUCUGAAGGCCCAGUUGUGGAGAUCACACUUCCUUAACCCCCCCCCCCCCCCCGUGCAUAUCAGAAGCCCUGGAGGGGCAAUAAAAGGGCAAAUGAUCCUGGUGAAGUGUGACCUACUGCCCACGAACCCUUUCCUUGGUUUCUUGUGUCCUCAUCUUGUUUGGCUAUCUGGGCCCUGUUUAGACCUGUUCUGCAGAAAUGAUGCUCCUUAAGGUAUGUUUUUCUUUUCCUACCCUAAGUGUCUGGAUGUUGUGUAGUGUGACUUGAUCGCAGCAGCUCACUGCCAAUGGCAUGCGAUGUAUUUUUCCUUCCUGGUUCACCUUCCCUUGCUCAAGACUGGCUAUCCUGUUUUCUGCCAGUACUAGGGAUAAAAGACAUUCUGGAGAAAUCCAUACCUAAAUUUGGUAAAUUGUAUUUGCAAAGGCCAAUGAUGUUUUGACUAUGUAAGAUUUUUCCCUUCAAUGCACACCAGUGUGUUUGGGCAUUUCUUGUUUUUCUAUGGUUUUUAUUUUAACGACUGAUGUAAGACCUAUGUCUGCAAGAAAUUUUAUUGAAUUUUUUUACAAAAAUGUUUUACUCACCUUUAUGGGACUCGCACACUUUCAAUAAAUAUUUCAAGUUAA